AUGGGAAAGGUACGUACUGUGGGUGUGGGAAUGGACUAUUCACCGACGAGCAAAUCGGCUCUCCGGUGGACGGCGGAGAAUCUCCUUGAUGACGGUGACACCGUCAUCUUGAUUCAUGUUCAACCCCAAAACGCCGAUCACACCCGCAAAAUCUUAUUUGAGGAAACUGGUUCACCGUUAGUCCCUUUGGAAGAAUUUAGAGAGGUUAAUUUCUCUAAACAGUAUGGACUUGCUUAUGAUCCUGAGGUUCUUGAUGUUCUUGAUACUCUCUCCAAGGCUAAGAAGGUGAAGGUGGUUGCAAAAGUGUAUUGGGGAGAUCCAAGGGAGAAACUUUGCGAUGCAGUCGAAAAUCUAAAACUUGAUUCCAUUGUUCUUGGCAGUCGAGGUUUGGGUCCUCUCAAAAGGAUUUUGCUGGGUAGUGUGAGCAAUCAUGUGGUGACAAAUGCAACAUGUCCAGUCACUGUUGUUAAGGCCAAUUAA